AGUUUGAUUAGUUUGAAUUUUUAUUGUUUGGUUUUUGGACAAACGCAUCUCUCGCUGGAUAUUGGUUGUUUGUGAGAAAGAAUCGUCGAAGUUUACCACGUCUCCAAAAAAUGCUCAAAAUUCUUUUGAAUCUCUUGAUGUUGUUCGGCUCGUCGAUGCUCUUAUUGCUUGUUCAAUGCGGUGGAAAGAAGAAAGGGAAGUCUUCAAAAUCGAAUAGUGAAGCUGAAGAUGAACGAGACGACGAAGAUGAUUCUGGGAAUGAUAAGAAGAAAAAGAAGAAGGGAAAGAAGGGAAAAAGUGACAGUUCUCAAACUGGACCAAAACCACCGAAGAAUACGAAUACACUUGCGGCGACUCAAGAUCCAAACUACCAAACUUUGGCGGGAUUGAACAAUGAUGCAGUGUUUGGACCAGGAGGUGGAGAAGGUGGACCUCCGAGAGCUCCAGCUCCGGGCUCAAAACCAGGAAUGGCUGGAACACAGGAUCCUAACUAUCAGACACUGGCUGGUCUCAACAACGACGCCGUUUUUGGAGGUGGUGCAGGAGGACCCCCGAAGGCUCCAACUGUAGGAGGAAAAGCUGCGACCAAUGAUCCAAAUUAUCAGACUCUCGCUGGGCUCAACAACGACGAAAUCUUCAAACCAGGUGGCGCUCCAGCUGGACCAAAAGCCCCACUUGCUCCAGGAGCAAAAGCUGGCACAAACGACCCCAACUACCAGACUCUUGCCGGACUCAACAAUGACGACAUCUUCAAGAAAGGUGGUGGUGCUGGUGGCGCUGGAGGACCUCCACGUGCUCCUGCUCAAGUUGGUGCGAAGGCGGCAACUCAUGAUCCCAACUAUCAAACGCUGGCCGGAUUGAAUCAGGAUAUCUUUGGAGCUGAUAAGAAGAAGUUUUAAUGUGAUCUGGAGUUAUUUGUAGAAAGAUUAUGAACAGCGAAUAAAUAUUUGAAUAGUA